AUGAAAUAAUCUAAAUAGUUUAUUUCUGGAGAUUGGGGUGGAUUUAUUUUUAUUUGGUCAUUUAUUGAUAAUGUAUGGAUUCGCUCAUAAGUUAUUUAAAGACAUAGUAAUCCGAUUAAUUGUUUAAUUUUGAAUAAUAAUGAAGAUCUAUUUAUAUCAUGUAGUGAUGAUAAGACUAUUAGAUUUUGGGCUAAGAAAAAUGAAUAAAAUAAUGAAUGGAUCUGUUAAUAAAUUAUUUCAGAUCAUAUUAGGUGGGUUUAUCAAAUUAUUUUAAAUGAAUAAGAAAAUCAAGUUAUAUCUUCUGGAAAGGAUGGAUUAAUAUUAGUAAUUGAAUACUCAGAAUCUAAUAAGAUCUGGGUUGUAAUCCAAAAAAUAGUUGAAAAUUGUCGUGGAUUUAGAAUAGGCUUUAUCAACGAUAAUCUAUUCACAUUUAAACCUAUUGAUGGUAAUUUCAUGCAUGUCUAUGAAAAAAAUAGUGUAAGUAAAGAAUUUACUAGAAACAAAGAUAUUAUUCUAACUUAAGGUGAUGAUGGUUAUGGAUUAUUUCCAUAAUAAUUUAUUAAAUAAAAAUAAUUAAUAGUGUGUAAACAUGAUAAAUAUAUAAAUUUAAUAAGAAAUGCAUAAAAUGGUGAAUUUAAAGUAGAGUAGUAUAUUGAAUUUAAUACAUAUUAUAUAUAUGGAUAAAUGAGUGAUGAUGGAGAAUAUUUGAUUACUUGGGAUAAUUCAUCAAAUGAGAUAUAAAUUAGGAGAUACAUAGAACAGUGA